AUGGGCGCACGGGUCACCUUUGGCAGGCCCACUGUUGAUGACAUCAUCUCGGCUCUCCAGGUCGCCAUGGCCUUCCCUCUGGUUGGCAAGGGGAAACGACCUUAUGAGGUGCUUGUGGCGUGGCGCCUGCGUGACAUGUGGCCGAAGCUGGAGAAGUGGCUGCGUGAAAUGGAGAUUCUGCCCUGCCUAGAAAGGAGGGAGGAGGCCGCUGUCACCUCUGCCGCACAUGGCCUGCACAUUGAGGGUCGCAACAACCCGGGGAAGCGGCCUUAUGAGGUGCUUGUGACCAGGCGCCUGCGCAACAUGUGGCCGCAGCUGAAAAAAUUCCUGCAUGAAAUUGAAAUUGUGGCCACGCUUGAGACCAGGAAGGCAGCCAUGCUCCCCUCUGUGGACCAUGCUUUGGUCAUGGAGGCCCAGAGCAGCCCAGAACCAAAACUUCCAAAACCCCCCAUACCAAUUGAACAGCUGAAAUUGGAGGGCAAUCAGUUCUACGCCCUACAGCAGUAUGUCGAAGCUGCUGACAGCAAUCGCGCCAUUGCCUAUCUGCAACUGGGUCUGCAUGCAAAGGCGCUUGCGGAUGCUGAGGAGGCGAUAAGGCUGAACCCAAAAUACAUCAAAGGUUAUGCCCGGAAGGGGCUGGCCCUGGAAAAGUUGGGAAGGGUGGCUGAUGCGCGCGCACACUAUCGGGGGUGUAUCUUCACUCUCAAGCGCAACGAGUGCUUUAAAACUGCCCUCCAAAGAAUGGAGACCAACAACUUGUAG